UUCUCUCGUUUUACAGAAUCAUUUACCGAGUUCAUACCUUCAAGAACUUUGACAACUUCAAGAAACGCAAGCAGCAUCUUCAGAAUUUACGACUUAGGACAGAAAUCAACUCAAGAAAAAAUGAUGAUGACAGUUUUAGUUUUCCUGACGGCAGCAGUAUUAUUAGGUGUCCUAACAUAUUUGUGGAGAAAAUACAUAUCCGGCGGUAUGUGCACGAGUCAGGCACGAUUAGAUAGAAAAACAGUGAUCAUAACAGGUGCCAACACAGGGAUAGGGAAAGAGACAGCUUUAGACCUGGCAGCCAGAGGAGCAAGGGUGAUCCUCGCCUGUAGGGACAUAAAAAGAGGUCAGGAAGCGGCCGCCGAAAUCCGAGCCCAAGUCCCAAACGCCGAGGUCGUGGUCAGACGACUGGAUUUGGCUUCGUUACAAUCCGUGAAAGAAUUUGCUCAACGAAUAUAUGAAACCGAGGAGAGAUUAGACGUCUUAAUUAACAAUGCAGGAGUGGCAUGGUGCCCGAGGGGGUCCACCCAGGACGGGUUUGAGCUACACUUUGGAGUCAACCACCUGGGGCACUUUUUACUCACCAACCUCCUGCUGGAUCUUCUAGUCAAAUCUGGACCCAGCAGAAUAGUGAUAGUGUCCGCAAGAUGUCACCAACAUGGCUAUAUGAACUGGGAGGACAUCAACUGGGAGGAAAGAUACUCACCGUUCGCUGCAUACAAUCAAAGCAAACUCGCUAACCAUUUAUUUACAAGAGAACUAAGCCAGAGACUAGAAGGCACUGGAGUCACCGUUAACUGUCUCCACCCCGGCGUAGUGAAAACCGACAUAGCCAAAUAUAUCUUCUUCAAAGAAUGGAACCACGUCGCCUUUUGUUGGCUGUACUUCCUGCUCUUUAAGAACCCGCGCGAGGGCGCACAGACCAGCAUUUUCUGUGCAGUUGACGAAAGUUUAGAAGGAAAAACGGGACUAUACUUUAGUGAUUGCAAGGAAAAAGAAAUGGCACCCCUAGCAAAAGACAAAGAACUGGCGAAAAAAGUCUGGGACCUCAGCGCAGAACUGGUGGGUUUGAACGAACAAGAGUGCUGGCCGCACACGCAGCUGCAGUCGCGCAGAAAACACGUCGAUCUUCUACAAACGAAGUGGGAAGAAUUCCCCUUCAACAACAAUGACAUUUGUGUUAUGGACCGCUGCGAACCAAUUGAACACUGUCUACGACAGGGGUAAAGCCUGCAUAAUUGUUCCAGUACACUUCCAUUCGGACUUGACGCCAUCUCGCGACGUUACUCGCACGCAAUGUUCAUCACGCGUGGCAACACAUGAUCUCCCAAGUCCUGUGAAAACGCACCCACAAGUGCAGUUUGUGAUACCUUCUCAGGUGCUUAUCACGACUGAUACCUAAGAUUCGCAAGAAACUCUAAGCGACGGCACCGACUUAUUGAAGAAGAGUAAACAAUCAGUAAUUUAUUCACAACCGCGAAGACAUUAUUUCAUCAGCACGGCAAAGCGGCUGCUGGCAGCAUACAUUUGCCAUAUUCAUAAACAUUAUUUAUUGCAUAUUCAUAGAUUCAUCUCAUCGUUCGUUUUCGUUUCAUGAGAGCAAAACUCAAAAACGCAUCACACCGUCAUGUCAUCGAUGCAUUUCUUAAUUUAUUUGUACAUAAUAUGUACGUAUCAGUACGAUUUUCACUAUUUAUUGCAUAACAAGCUUUUGAUAUGUAGCCGGUUUUUGUGGAAUGAUCCAAACCGACGUAGCUGCAGUUGAAAUAUUAACAUGUAAAUAUAAUUUAUUUUAUUUAUUUGGAAAAUAUAGGUUUAGAAAACAGUAUCCCAAAGUUAAGGGUUUUCAUACGCACCAAUAGUUGUUGAACAACAGCCCUGUGCAAAUUAAGAAGACCGAAUUUUUAAACUUACUUUAGUGUUCCAUCUUACCCUGCCCUAGGACUUGUCCACAACGCUUUAAAGCAAGUCUGCUUAGAAUAGAGACACUAGCAUUUGACUUGCAGCCAAUUGCUGGCGCUGCAGAAGUAGCUUAGAUUUGCUUGAGACACGACAUAUAGUAUUGCUGAAAGAGCAGCUUAGAUGGUACAUUUUACCGAUGUAGAGUAGUCAAACACAACACAGCGGACUUUUUUUAAAGCUGUGCUUAAAGGAUUCCUUAAAAAUCUCUGACACAGGCAUAUUGCAGUUAUGAAAGCAACUUAAGGCAGCUUGUUUACUGAUAACGAUAGUUCUGCUUAAAACGAAAGAUUAGCAUCAAGUGACUCUGCCUACACGUCAACUGCAUCGGUUCUGCUUAGAAUCGAUAUAUCUAUGGCAUAAAUUGCAUACAUGCUUCAUUAGCUCAGAACAUUGAAGUAGUUCCGGUGAUAAAAACUUAGCUUAAUUACCAAACAAAAGUCAGGUAAUUAAGUAAUGAUCUGCUGCAUAAUGUCAACAACGUUUUUGUUUACUCAAUACCAGACUGCAUUUCUUGCCCGAUCUAAAUGAAUUACAAAGCCACAUAAUAAAAUAAUGAAC